AUGCAAGCAAGCACUUACUACGUGAUCUCAAACAUGCCACACACUACAGCCGACUCUUCCACUCAGCGCGUGCGCGUCGCAGUCCUAGGCGCAGCCGGCGGAAUUGGACAGCCACUGUCCCUGCUACUAAAAACCCAGCUUGCCCAGGUGCUCGGCGACGCAAAUGCGUCCCUGGAGCUGGCUCUCUACGAUGUUGCAGCAGACGCGCUGGCCGGCGUGGCGGCAGACCUGUCGCACGUCAACACACCGGUUGAGGUGUCGCACCACGUGCCCAGUAGCCGGGAGGACGAGGAGGCGUUGCGCGAGGCGCUGACGGGUGCGAGUGUGGUUGUGAUUCCAGCGGGUGUCCCGCGGAAGCCGGGCAUGACGCGCGACGACCUGAUCAACAUCAACGCCGGGAUCAUCAAGACGCUGGCGAAGGGCAUUGCAGGCGCGUGCGACCUCGAGAAGGUGUUCGUGCUGGUGAUCUCGAACCCCGUCAACUCGCUGGUGCCUGUGAUGGUGCGCCAGCUGAUCCGCCAUGCGGAAGCCAAGCAGGCCCCCCACGCCGGCGUGGAGCGCCGCGUGUUCGGGGUGACACAGCUGGAUAUGGUGCGUGCGUCUGCAUUCGUGCGCUCGCUCGGCGAGCUUGGCAACGAGGUGCCUUCCGUGCCGGUGAUUGGCGGGCACUCCGGCGAGACGAUCCUGCCGCUGUUCGGGCCUGUGCAACAGCGCCUGCAGUUUUCGCUGGAGCAGCGCAAGAAGCUCACGCACCGCGUGCAGUACGGCGGCGACGAGAUCGUGGCUGCGAAGAAGGGGGCUGGGUCUGCAACGCUUUCCAUGGCCUACGCGGCCUACGUGGUCGCGGAGCGCUUUACCAACCUCGUGCUGGGCAACGUUUCGGAGAUCCAGGAGACCCUCUACGUUUCGCUGUACGACCGCGAGAACAAGCCCAUUGCGGAAGGCGCUGCGGAGCUUUUGUCCAAUAUUGGGGAGACCCCGUACUUUGCGGUCCCCGUAAAAAUCUCCGCUGACGCAGGCGUUGUGCGCGUUGAGCACGAGGUCUGGCAGCAAUUAGACGACUACGACAGGGAGCACCUGCUUCCAGCGUGUCUGGAGGGCUUGCGCAAGAACAUCGAGACCGGGGAGACCUUGGGCAGCAAUUAG